UAUAACUAAACAAAUUAUGAAAGAAAGAAAAAAAGAGAAUUUCAUUGGAUGGAAAAAAAAAACAAAGUGUAGGUCCCAAAAUCCUUUGAAAAAAGUUUGGUCCGUCUACCUUACAUUUACACCCUCCACUCUUCACAUUUUUGAAUGUUUAUAAAUGCAGCUGCAAACCACAUUCAUUUUACAACAACACCAACAACAACAAAAGAUAACAAACUUUCACACAAUAUUUUCCUUAAUUCCCAAAAGGGACAAAAACAAACACACUCUCUCUCCUCUCUCAAAGUUUCAUUUCAACUUCUCUUUUUUUCUUCCUUUCACACUUUUCAAUCAUCAUUCUGCAAAAAGCAAAGAACCAGAGUUGAACCACAGAACAAAAGUUGAACAAAGAAAGCUACAAUAUUUAUGAUUUCUCACUCUAUAUCUAUACAUUGAAGCAUAGAAAGCAUAGAAUAAAGUGUUCAAAGUUGAAACCCCACAAAGUAAAGAGAACAUUUUUUAUUAUUAUCAUAUGGGCUUCAAGCUAAAUGUGUUGCUAUUGGUGAUACUUGCAACUUCACUGAUUGAUUAUAGUGAAGCUUCUGUAUCAUAUGAUUAUAAAGCUAUCACCAUUAAUGGACAAAGAAGAAUAUUACUUUCUGGGUCUAUUCAUUAUCCCAGAAGUACCCCUGAGAUGUGGCCAGAUCUUAUCCAAAAGGCUAAAGAAGGAGGUUUAGAUGUGAUUCAAACUUAUGUUUUCUGGAAUGGACAUGAACCUUCACCUGGCAAAUAUUAUUUUGAGGGGAACUAUGAUUUGGUGAAGUUCAUAAAGCUAGUGCAGCAAGCAGGACUAUAUGUUCAUCUAAGAAUUGGUCCAUAUGCUUGUGCUGAAUGGAACUUUGGAGGUUUUCCUGUUUGGCUGAAGUAUGUUCCAGGUAUCAGCUUCAGAACAGACAAUGGACCAUUUAAGUUUCAAAUGCAAAGAUUUACUACAAAGAUUGUGAAUAUAAUGAAAGCUGAAAGGUUGUAUGAGUCUCAGGGUGGUCCAAUAAUUCUAUCUCAGAUUGAAAAUGAAUAUGGACCUAUGGAGUAUGAACUUGGAGCUCCUGGAAAAGCCUAUACUCAAUGGGCAGCUCAUAUGGCUGUAGGACUAGGUACCGGUGUUCCGUGGGUCAUGUGCAAACAAGAUGAUGCUCCUGAUCCUGUCAUUAAUACUUGCAAUGGUUUCUAUUGUGAUUAUUUCUCUCCAAACAAAGCAUACAAACCAAAGAUGUGGACAGAAGCUUGGACUGGCUGGUUUACCGGCUUUGGAGGAACGGUUCCUCAUAGACCUGCUGAAGACUUGGCAUUUUCAAUUGCAAGGUUUAUACAGAAAGGAGGAUCCUUUAUCAAUUAUUACAUGUAUCAUGGUGGAACAAAUUUUGGAAGAACUGCCGGUGGUCCCUUUAUUGCUACAAGCUACGAUUAUGAUGCACCUCUCGAUGAAUACGGGCUUCUGAGGCAGCCAAAGUGGGGUCAUUUGAGGGAUUUACACAGAGCAAUAAAACUCUGCGAGCCUGCUUUAGUUUCUGCAGAUCCUACUGUAACUCGUCUAGGAAACUAUCAAGAGGCUCAUGUUUUUAAAUCGAAAUCCGGAGCUUGUGCUGCAUUUCUUGCAAACUACAACCCACGAUCUUAUGCAACAGUGUCGUUCGGGAAUCAGCAUUACAACUUACCUCCUUGGUCUGUUAGCAUUCUUCCUAACUGCAAACACACUGUUUAUAACACUGCAAGGGUUGGUUCGCAGAGCGCGACGAUGAAGAUGAGCCCUGUUCCUAUUCACGGAGGACUCUCUUGGAAAGCAUUUAAUGAAGAGACAACAACUACUGAUGAUAGUUCAUUCACUGUGACUGGUUUGUUGGAACAGAUAAAUGCAACAAGAGAUUUAUCUGACUAUUUGUGGUACUCUACAGAUGUUGUGAUCAAUUCCAAUGAAGGAUUUUUUAGGAACGGAAAGGGUCCUGUUCUUACAGUAUUAUCUGCUGGCCAUGCUUUGCAUGUUUUUAUCAACGGUCAGCUCUCAGGAACUGUAUAUGGAAGCGUGGAUUUCCCCAAACUAACUUUUAGUGAAAGUGUGAAGCUUAGAGCUGGCGUUAACAAAAUCUCCCUUCUGAGUGUUGCAGUUGGGCUUCCGAAUGUUGGUCCACAUUUUGAAACAUGGAACGCUGGUGUUCUCGGUCCAAUCACGUUGAACGGACUCAAUGAGGGGAGAAGGGACUUAACAUGGCAGAAGUGGUCAUACAAGGUUGGUCUUAAAGGCGAAGCUUUGAGUCUCCAUUCUCUCAGUGGAAGUUCCUCCGUUGAUUGGCUUCAAGGAUAUUUAGUUUCUCGAAAGCAGCCAUUGACUUGGUUCAAAACUACUUUUGACGCACCUGCUGGAGUUGCACCGUUGGCUUUAGACAUGAACAGCAUGGGAAAAGGUCAAGUUUGGUUAAACGGACAGCAUCUUGGACGAUACUGGCCUGCUUAUAAAGCAUCUGGUUCUUGUGAUUAUUGCAAUUAUGCAGGAACUUAUAAUGAGAAAAAAUGUGGAACUAACUGUGGCGAGGCUUCUCAACGAUGGUAUCAUGUUCCUCAUUCCUGGCUGAAACCAACAGGGAAUUUGUUGGUUAUGUUUGAGGAAUUGGGUGGGGAUCCAAAUGGCGUGGUUUUAGUUAGAAGGGAUAUCAAUAGCGUGUGUGCUGAUAUUUAUGAGUGGCAACCAAAUCUUGUUAGCUAUCAAAUGCAAGCUUCUGGUAAAGUUAAGGUACCAGUGAGUCCGAAAGCACAUUUGUCAUGUGGUCCUGGACAGAAAAUAUCAUCGAUCAAAUUUGCUAGCUUUGGUACACCAGUAGGAUCAUGUGGAAACUACCGCGAAGGAAGUUGUCAUGCUCACAAGUCAUAUGAUGCCUUUCAAAAGAAUUGUGUUGGUCAAAGUACGUGCACCGUGACAGUUUCACCUGAAAUUUUCGGAGGUGAUCCAUGUCCAAAUGUCAUGAAGAAACUCGCAGUAGAAGCCAUUUGCACCUGAUCAUUUUCAACCUUAGAAAAUAAACGGAACAAAGAUCAUAUAAUAUAUUUUUCUUCAUUUGGUAAUCCGAUACAUGUUUUUUGGUUCUAUUAAAGCCUAUACUUCUAAGAUCACCACCAGCAUUGAAUUUGGCAUUACCAAGGUGAAGUUGCAGAUAAACACAACACACCAUCUGGUUAAAAAAGCCUAUAGUAAAUUACUGUGAUGAUUGUGGUUAUUAUGCGUGUGUAUAUAUAUUGGUGUUUCGACUUGUUAUACAAAGGCGAAGGAAGGUGAAGUUGGUUGAUGAUGCACAUUGAGACGAUGCCAAUUGAGUCCAUGUGCUGCAAAUUGGUUUUUGAUUGUGUGGAAGUCUCUUGCUUCCUGUAAAAUUAUUAUUGUUGUAAUUGUUUUCCCUCGUAGAUUCAUGGGGAGAGAGCUAUUUAGUUUCUUUUUUCUCCUUAUAAGAAACAUUCCAUUGUAAUAAAUGUUAUGUUAUUAUCCUUUUAACUCUU